AUGACAUCCAUAUCUUUGUUGACACUCGUAUUUAUUUUACUUCCGUCGUGUUUGGCAGAAAGUUGGACAAUUACUGUCUAUACGGGAAGACGACGCUUUGCUGGAACUGAUAGUAAUGUUUAUAUUAGUUUAAUUAACUCGAAAAAGACCAAUUCGAAAGAACAGCAAUUGACACAUUACAACUGGAUACCUGAAAAAAAUGUUUUUCCAGUACGAAAUUUGUUCGAAAUGGGAGCUAAAGAUCGAUUUCGUAUUUGGACUGGUAAUCUCGAAACUAUCGACAAAAUUCUCAUUCGACGUGAUAAUUAUCUUCCAUUUCAAGCAGAUUGGCUACUCGAUCAAGUCAUAGUUGAAAGUGACACUGAUGGUAGAAAAUACACAUUUAAAUGUGAUUGUUGGUUGAGAAGAGAUCGACCGUAUAUAACGCUUUCUCCCUUCUUCGAACAAAAGUCUGAAGAUCAAAGUCAAACUAAAAAAUCAUCUGGAAGUUUCAAACGAGCUUUCAUCAUUAUUCUUCUAUUUUUAAUUAGCAUAAUUAUUGGUAUGCUUUGCUUUUACCAUGAAUAUCGUCGUCGGCAACAACAUUCGGCACUAUCUACGACUGAUACGAAUGAACAAAUACAUCAAGAAACAAGUUGCCUUGACUCUUGCCAUCCACAAGCCGAAUUACCAUUGUCGAGAACUCAAAACUGGUUGGACACAAUUCGGCAUUGGAAAGAUCUUCCAGCAAGAUUUUCAUCAGAUCGUCGCUCACGAGAGAUUCAAUCAUCUACAACAGUUCCGGCAGUCGCUUCUCGGCCAGCAUUGCCGACAAGUCCAGGAGAUGAGCCACCAUCGUAUGAAGAUUUGUACCCAAACCAAAAUGCUCGAAAUUCCACUUUAUAA